AUUCGAACCAAAAAAAGUUCAAUCGGGAGAAGAUGUACAAGAGGCUUACCAGUUGGGAUAGGGUGAAAAAGGCUGAACCUGCUCUUUCUCAAAACAAAAAGGCUGAACCUACUCUACGUAACUAUGAGGCCAGUCUCAAAUAUGCCAAGGCUCCAGUCUCGCCUUCCACUGAACAGCUACGUUCUGAUGUUUUCCUGAAGACCAAGAAUCUGAACAACGGACAUAUCAAAUCUUGGGUGGACGAGAAAAACAGCAAAUGCUUCAUGCUCUAUCCAAGGAACCUCUCCAUCACUUGGUCGGAUGACCCCAACUACUGGACAUGGUUUCCCAACAAGGAGUCACCAAAUGAGGCAGGUGUAGAACUUGCGGCGUUGAAAAACGUGUGUUGGCUCGACAUCACUGGAAAAUUCGACACCAAGAAUCUCACUCCGGGGCUUACGUACGAGGUGCUCUUUCAAGUGAAGCUAGAGGAUCCGGCCUAUGGAUGGGACACGCCGGUGAACAUUAAGCUUGUCUUGCCUAACGGUAACAACAAACCGCUUGAGCAAAAGGUGAGUUUAAGGGAAAUACCAAGGCAUCAAUGGGUCAAUAUUAUAGUCGGAGAGUUCAAGCCGGAGAAAAAUUCCGCCGGAGAAAUCACUUUCUCAAUGUAUGAGCAUGAGUCUGGCGAAUGGAAGAAAGGGCUCUUCCUCAAAGGUGUUGAAAUUUGUCCUAAAUAUAAAAAUUAAUAUGGGAAAAUGAUUUUCCAAAUGCACACUGAACCGUUAGAUAUACAUAUCUAUAUGGAAAGAGUGUGCAUGUAUAUGAUAAGGUUAAUCUAUCGUACUAUUACUUUAGAUACCUACUACUUUGAUGUUUGUAUUGAAUAAAACCAAAACCGAGGGUUGGUGUAAUAAUGUUUUAAGUUUGAAUUCGAGUUUUAUGAUUUGCGUGUAAGUAUGUAAUAAAUAAUCCCAUCAAUGAACAUUUGUUUUGUAUGAG